AUGAAGGUGUGGGGCGCCCACGGCGAGUUCUGCGCGCGGCACCAGUGGGAGGUGAUCGUGGCGACCCUGGCGCUACUGGCAUGCGCGGCCAGCGUGGAUCAUGGCAGUGGAGCACGAGUACAGCGCUGUGCCGGCUGGGCUCGCGCCUGCCCUGGUCUAGAGGCCGAGUACCAAGCCGCAGACGCCGUCGUCAUGACCUUCGUCCGCUGCGCCGCCCUCCUCUACGCAUACUACCAGGUCUCCAACCUCCAGAAGAUUGCCUCCAAGUAUCUGCUCAUCAUCGCAGGCCUCUUCUCCACCUUCGCCAGCUUCAUCUUCACGUCCGCGCUCGCCAGCCUCUUCUGGAGCGAGCUGGCGAGCAUAAAGGACGCACCGUUUCUCUUCUUGCUCGUCGCGGAUGUUGCAAGAGGCGCGAGGAUGGCGAAAGCCGGCUGGUGCGCCGGUGAAGACCAGGGUAAACGUGUUGGGAAAGCUCUGUCUCUGCUUGGUCCAACGGCCACGUUGGAUACGAUGUUAGCGGUGUUGCUUGUCGGUGUCGGCGGUCUCUCCGGUGUUCCCAGACUGGAGCACUUGUGCACUUUCGCUUGUCUUGCGCUCUUAGUGGACUAUUUAGUGUUUGUGACCUUCUACCCAGCUUGUCUGUCGUUGGUGGCAGAUUUCGCAUCAGGCAGGAAAGAAAUAGCACCCGACAGUCUGUUCUCCGAAGCUGAAUUACGACCGAAUCCAGUCGUACAACGAGUGAAAAUGAUAAUGGCUGCGGGAUUACUGUGCGUCCAUUUGACGAGCCGGUGGCCCUGGACUCGGGACAGCGGAAUAUUCGAGGGCGCACUUAGCGACGACAUGAAGCCCACCAACCAAGAUAAUGUCCUGUUUCACUCCUACGUGAAGUGGUUUUCCGUGAGCGCCGACUACAUAGUCAUAGCAACUUUGCUGUGCGCUCUCAUUAUCAAAUUUGUUUUCUUUGAGGAACAGAAAAAUUGGAUAAUCGAUAUGAACGACAUGACAGUCAAGGAAGUUGUACAAAAUGAUAAGCCCGUUUUCUCCAUCGGUGAAGAAGCCAAGUCUGACUUUUGCACACAAACAGACGAGUUCGUUGAUGGCGAAGAAGUCGAAUGGCCCGUGCUCUCACCAAGUUCUUCGGCGGCUAAACUAAAUGCUAAGAAGCGAUCGAUGGCAGAGUGCUUAGAGAUCUACCGCUCGGAGGGAGUCUGCACGUCUUUAAGUGACGAGGAAGUGGUCAUGCUGGUAGAACAAUCGCACAUACCGAUGCACAGAUUGGAAACUGUCCUCUGUGAUCCUCUACGAGGAGUCAGACUGCGCAGAAGAAUCGUAGGCGCCAGGUUCCAGACAGAGUCCGCCAUCAAGCAACUUUCCUAUCUUAAUUACGACUAUAGUAGAGUACUUAAUGCGUGUUGCGAAAAUGUUAUCGGUUACGUUGGUAUUCCGCUGGGCUACGCAGGGCCGUUGGUUGUUGAUGGCAAAGCGUACAUGAUCCCCAUGGCGACCACAGAGGGGGCGUUGGUCGCUUCGACCAACCGAGGGGCUAAAGCGAUUGGAGCUAGAGGAGUCACGAGCGUGGUGGAGGACGUCGGAAUGACCAGAGCUCCUGCGGUGAAACUGCCCAACGUAGUGCGAGCUCACGAAUGUCGCCAGUGGUUAGACAAUAAGGAAAAUUACGCUAUCAUAAAAGAAGCCUUCGAUUCCACCUCAAGAUUCGCCCGCCUUCAGGAGGUGCACGUGGGAGUUGAUGGUGCAACGUUAUAUUUAAGAUUUAGAGCGACAACUGGUGAUGCUAUGGGCAUGAACAUGGUAUCAAAAGGCGCUGAAAACGCUCUCAAACUGUUAAAGAACUAUUUCCCGGAUAUGGAAGUGAUCAGUCUAUCCGGCAACUAUUGCUCCGACAAAAAGGCCGCUUCUAUCAACUGGGUAAAGGGGCGAGGCAAGAGGGUCGUUUGUGAGACCAUUAUUUCCUGCGAAAAUCUGAGAAACAUCUUCAAAACCGACGCAAAGACCAUCGCCCGGUGCAAUAAAAUAAAGAACCUGUCUGGUUCCGCUCUCGCCGGCUCUAUCGGAGGCAACAACGCGCACGCGGCUAACAUGGUCACCGCAAUAUUCAUCGCCACCGGCCAAGACCCGGCGCAGAACGUCACCAGCAGCAACUGUUCCACCAGCAUGGAGGUCUGCGGGGACAACAACGAAGAUUUGUACGUGACGUGCACUAUGCCGUCAUUGGAAGUGGGAACCGUUGGCGGUGGCACCGUUUUGCCUGCGCAGAGUGCUUGCCUGGAGAUUCUGGGUGUUAAGGGAGCCGGCCUGCGACCCGCUGAGAACUCUGCCCGGCUGGCGUCUCUGAUUUGCGCUACAGUCCUGGCCGGCGAGCUCAGCCUGAUGGCCGCCCUAGUCAACUCUGACCUAGUGAAGUCUCACAUGCGACACAACAGGUCCACGGUCAAUGUGCAGAGUGUGACGAAAGAAGAGGGUUUGGUAUUGAAUGUGCCUAAGUUAUAA